AAAAUCAGCACUGAGAACGCAUGGUACAAAAAAAAAACAAAUGUGUUGCAACGACCGGAACCAGCAAAAGUUAGUGUCGUCGAGAAUCAAACUGUAGUUAUAAAAAGCUGUGAAUUUGAAGUAUUUGGCAUUGUUAAGGACGUAUCAUUUCGACAUUAUACCCUGCGACGAGCCCAAAAACUUGGGGUUCGCGGUUGGUGUAUGAAUUCAGAGAAUGGCACUAUUUUGGGGCUGAUUCAGGGAAAUCCACGUAGCUUUGAGGCGAUGCGCCUUUGGUUGACGUAUACCGGUAGUCCCACCAGUCGCAUUGACAAAUGUGUUUUUGGUCCAACAACCGAAUUGGUGGAGUUUACUUUCGAGGAGUUUACAAUACGAAUGUAAUUGUAUCUUACUAAUGGAUGUUACAACGGAUGUUUGGAAUCAAUCAAUUUCCGUAAAUUUUCCAUCCCUCAAUUGAAAUAAAUGCCAAUCCUACCAACGACACUGCACAAAAAUGUUUAUAAAUUGCACAUCAUUAAUUAAAUGUAGCCAAGCUAAAUAUAUGUAUGUUCACUGAGAAAA